AAAUAACAACCGUGUCUCUUCUCCCGCAUGCGCAAAGGACCCGUUCGGUGUACAGGGUUUCUUAGCAACCGCUUCGAGUCCCUCCAUUAGGGGGCGGAGCCUCGGAAGCCUCGGGGAAGUUGAGGAGGAAGUGAAUGAGGCCAAUCGGAGACGAGUCCCAGCCCAGAAUGACACGCCUCCCUUUAAUGUCGCGAAUCAGCAGGCAGCUUUACGGCAAGCAGAGGGUGGGGGCUGCUGGGGAAAGGAGGAGAGAAGGAAGCAACCAACCAACCAAGUCGCCCCCCCCUCACACCCCCACCCUCUCCGGACCUGGUUUACGGCUCAGGGCUCAGGCUUCAGUGCGGCCGCUGAUUGGCUGCUGAGGGCUUGGUCCCAUCCCAGUGACCCCAAAGUGCUGGAGGGAGGGGGCGGGGGUGGCCCAGUGUAAAGUGCAUCCCGAAAGACCCCUGUCCGGAGACCUAGCUGCUGGCACUUCAGGCCCUGUACGAGCUGAGACUUCGCUGUCCCGAGACGUCCCGAGUCCCUCCCUCGCUGGAAGCCUCCGGCCCGGAGUGCGGCAGUCCUCUGCUCCAAGCCCCUGGACCGGGACUGCCCCCCCCGCCCGAACAGGGACUUCGUCCCGGCGCCCGUGCCCCAAGGCUGCCCGGCAGCCGGGACGGCCACCCUCGCCUGCUCGACUGCCUAGAUGCUCUCCCAGAUGGGGCCGUGAGACACCGAGGAGGAUCGGGAACACCCAAGUCUGGCCCUGCCCGGGGUGCUUCUUCAAUGGAGAAGUUGGUGAGUGUGGAGGAGGCUGAAAAGAGGAAGAGGAGCAGCAGCUGAGGACACAGGGCUGAGCUGGCUGGAGGACACUCGAGAGCAGGAAAGGGUCUGCCCACCCACCAGUGGAGCGGCGAGCCCAGUGUCUCUGGCCAGGAUCCUGUCGAGUGUGACAAGUUGCCAGGUGGCCUUUUCCUGUCUGAAGGCUAAAGUCAUAUGGGACCUGGCAUCCCACCACCAGAGAAAGGAGUGGAGUCCUCCCAGUACAUAAUCCUUCAAGUGGUUCUGUUGUUGAUGUGUGGAGGUCACCUUGCCUGUGUUCUUAACUUUGAUGGGAUUUAUGGAGCUAGGAACCAGUUGACAUGGAGAAAGACCCUUUUUAGUUGUAUGGAGAGUCUUUGUUAAUUCACACAGAGAAGCUGCAGAACUAUUGUUAAUGUUUUACCUAGUUGGGGUGAAUGCACGAAAGAUAAUUUCAGCAUUAUUGACUGCCUGUCAAGGGUAUGAAGAACCAGCAUCUAAAGAUACAAUCUUGGAGAGUCCGUAGAUUGCAUUUUGGCUCUGCCCAUUGCACCUGAAUUCUUCUAGUCCUGUUUAGAAAGAGUAGGUUAAGAAGCUCUUUUGCUCUGCAGCCUGAACACAUCCAGAAUCCCCCUGCACCCCACCACGAUGUUGGAUGUGCACAAUGGUUGUUAGGCCACCUAUGUCCCAGGAUAAGGGACCUUCUGUAAGGCUGAUCCCUGUGACCUAAUGAAACCUUGGUAAAAAGUGGACUCAGCUAGGAUGUUACACCACCAUUGUCGAAGGAAUCCUGAACUCCAGGAAGAAUUGCAGAUUCAGGCUGCAGUGGCCGCUGGGGAUGUUCACACCGUACGGAAAAUGUUAGAACAAGGCUAUUCUCCAAAUGGCCGAGAUGCUAAUGGCUGGACCCUGCUUCAUUUCUCUGCAGCAAGAGGAAAGGAAAGAUGUGUUCGAGUAUUUCUAGAACAUGGAGCUGAUCCCACGGUAAAGGACUUAAUCGGAGGCUUCACUGCUCUUCAUUACGCAGCCAUGCAUGGCAGGGCCCGGAUUGCUCGCUUGAUGUUAGAAUCUGAGUACAGGAGUGACAUUAUCAACGCGAAAAGCAACGAUGGCUGGACUCCCCUCCAUGUGGCUGCGCACUACGGUAGGGACUCAUUUGUCCGCCUCCUUCUGGAGUUCAAGGCCGAGGUUGACCCACUCAGUGAUAAAGGUACCACGCCACUUCAGCUCGCCAUCAUCCGGGAGAGGUCAAGCUGUGUGAAAAUCCUCCUGGACCACAACGCUAACAUUGACAUCCAGAAUGGCUUCCUGUUGCGCUAUGCUGUGAUCAAAAGCAAUCACUCAUACUGUCGGAUGUUCCUUCAGAGGGGGGCAGACACAAACUUGGGGCGCUUAGAAGAUGGGCAGACUCCUUUACACUUGUCUGCCCUUCGGGAUGAUGUGCUGUGUGCACGGAUGUUAUAUAACUAUGGAGCGGACACGAACACGAGGAACUAUGAAGGCCAGACCCCACUGGCUGUUUCAAUAAGUAUUUCCGGAAGUAGUCGACCGUGUUUGGAUUUCUUACAAGAAGUCACAAGACAACCCAGAAACUUACAGGACCUGUGCCGAAUUAAAAUUCGACAGUGUAUAGGCCUUCAAAAUCUAAAGCUUCUUGAUGAACUACCAAUUGCCAAGGUCAUGAAAGACUACUUAAAACACAAAUUUGAUGAUAUCUGAUAUACGAAGACUCUGAGCAAGUUAUGUUCCAGAUACUUACGAGGCAUUUUGCCUUGCACAAAGUAUAUCCUAUGCAAUUUCUGAUUUGCUCUGAAGUCAGAAAGCAGGUAUACACUUUUAGGUUUUUUGUUUGUUUGGUUGGUUUUCAUUGUAGGGGAACGAUUUUUUAUAUAUAUGAACAGAUACACACCACAUGCUUGAAGGUCUUAAUUUGAUUUCUUGGUCCAAGUUUAAAAGGUCCAAACUUUCUAUACCACACUGCAUUUAGAAAAAUUGUUUUUCCUAAAUGACACAAGCAGGUUUGGAGUGAAGAAUUCACCCUUUCCAAAUUAAUAGUUUCAUUGGUGAGCAUGGUACUAGAAACCAGCAGAACACUUACUACAGUUUGAAGGUCCAGUUUCACCCAGAGGGUCUUGGGUUAUACUGGAAAAUGCCCCAAGAAAAGAUUUAAAGUCAUGCUGGCACUUCAUUUACUUUUAAUGAAUACAAAUUGGCUAUUCAAACUGUUCUUCUUUUUCUAAUUAAUGUAGCUUUCAGAUGAUAAAUCCAGUACCUCUGCUUUCCUUUGGGUGUGCUCUUGUUUUUAACUUUUUUUUUUUUUUUAACAACUGUAGGACACUACCCUGAGACAUUGUGUCUCAGCUUUUGUCUGUAGUUGAAUUGUACUUAAAAAAAAAAAAAUGGGAAAGAAAAUAAUUUUAUAAAGCCAGUAUAUUCUGUUUUUAAAACAGCGCCUCUAGUGCAAUACUGUUUCUGGUGUAUUCUAUCCAUUAUUUUACUCUGUUGGUCAUUCCACAGCUGGCUUUGACAUACCUGUGAAAACAGGAAUCGCCACUUUAAUUUUCAUUGCAGGCCUGUAGUAUGUCAGUUGCAAUUCCAUUUUAAGCUUUUUUUUUUUUUUUUAAUUUCACUUUAAGUAGCAAAUUUUAUAUCCUGGUGGUAGAAUCUCCCCUAAAAAUAGCCCAAACUACUGUUAUACCAUUUGGUUUUAAUGGUUAAAUGAUUGGGAGGGGUGGUUUUCUUCUUCCUGGUUUUUAAAUAAAAAUAUUUUAAGAGUAAAACCUCUUAAUAGGUGCACAUUUGUAAGUCUGGCUAAUUCCUAACAUGCUAAUUGAACAUUUCCUGCUAUUUUAAAGUUAUGUACAGUAAAGCCUUUAAGGACAGUUGUUUUGUUUUCUGAGUGGCUCAGGCAUAUGUGUGCAGAAUAAGCGUGGCUGCGAUAAAGUGACAGUGGAAAAGGUCCCACAGGAGUUCUCUGCUUCGUUCAUCAUGACGUGAGUUUCAGAAGAACCUUUUUAAAUGUCCCAGAAUCAUUUGUGCUUUGGGAAACUUCAUAAUAUUUACACAUUGUUAAUAAAUUUGUUAACUGAAGUUUACAAGAUGAAGGGCUUUUCUUGUCUGCGUUUCUAGUUUCAAGUCAUAAAGUAUAAAAUUAUUUUUCCUAGAAACAUAACUAAACAGAAUUAGGAGUCUACUCUGGCUUUACCUUUCCCAGAGCUGGCAGUGCUAUUUGCUCUCGCUGCUGCAGAGUAGCCCUGGUGUCACGGUAUCUGAUCUGCUUGUGCCUGGGCAGUGUGCAGGUUUCUGACGAAUGGACAGCUACAGGCAAAAGGAUUAUUCGGGGAGCCACUGAUGCUGCCCACAGACUCUUGCCAGGCAGCAUGGAGCCAGUGCGGUACGCAUCCUUAACUGUGGCUGGAGCCUGACGGGUAGGCAUGGGUGGUCUCACCUUUUCCUCAUUGAUGUGUCUCUGAGAGAGUCCCUAGUGAAGACAGCCCUAAACUGUGCUUCUUAUUCUUUACUACCCAGCCCAGGGGUGAGGUGCCUUAACAGCGUUAAGUCAUACAUCCGGAAAUGAACUGAACAUUCCUUCUGAAACCCUGGGCCCAGGCAGACGAGGAAGCAGGAGGUGCCUGGGAUCCUGCACUCUGAGCAGUGAUGUUAAUGUUCCAUUUGCACCGGGCUUAUCCCCACAUGUGUGUAUUUAUUUAUUCACUUCGCUUAAAAUGACAUUCUCGUCCCAGCCUUCAAAGGUUUCCAGACUAAGCCACUGAAUGUGAGUCAGGGAAUCCCAAGUAAAAGGUUCAGAUUAAGGUAAAUUCUUUGUUCUGUGUUGCUGCUGUGACUUCAGAAAAAAAAAAAAAAUUAUGAGAGCUCUUCCUGAAUUUAAAUUUCUAUUUAAUGAAGAAGUAUAUAAUUUCAUUAUUUAUUGUUUGAGUUUUGAUUUAUCCAGAAGCUUAAAAAGAAUGUUUUAUGUUUGUUAAUAAAAUCCCAAUCACAUAUCAUAUUUAACAGUAAAAUGCCUCAUAGUUGGUAAUGGGGAAAUACGGUGGUGAAAUGCAGAUCCGCACUUGAAUUUGAUUGGCAGAGAAGCAUUCUGUGGCCACAAGAUGGGUAGAAAGAAUGGAUAUUUUCAGAAAAUCAGCUGAUUGGCUUCUCCAGACUCUUAACUAAAAUGUUCAGCAUAUUAGCAAAUUUGUCACUGAUUCUUGUGUUUCUUUUCAAAUUUAUUGUUUCAGCCUAUUGCUAAAUCUUUAUAAAAAUAUAUUGGGCAAGUACACCAAAGAAACCAGCUCAUAAAAGGUUAGGAUCAUUAAUGAACUGCAAACCUCAUCUUUUGAAAACAAGUCUCUUUUUUUGUAAAUAUUUAUGUUUAUAAAUGUACAGCAGAGUAAGAAUGUUUUUUAGAUUAUUUAAUUCCCAUAUUUUCUAAACUAUUUACUACAGAAUAACCCAUGCUUGUUAGUUUGGAGAACUUAACUGUUUUGUUUUUUAGUUCAUUGUCAGUCAUGCUUGGAACAGCAUUUCUGCUGGAAAUUCCGUGUUCUGGCAGUGCAGGCACGCACAUCUGGAGCGCGAGGGAGUCUAGUGUGGCUUGUCAGGUGCACACCCUGAGAUGAGAAA